UGAUUUUAGAGGUAUUUAAACCUUCUUAUAUCUGGGCCGCUAACCGUUCUUCUCGAGAAGAGAAUACAUAAAGCUUACUGAAAGUAUCGCAUCACUCUCUACAUUUCCAUAAGCCAAGCCCUCCACAAUUUUCCCGCCUUUGUCUCACUCUCUUCCCCGCCUUGACUCUCCAUGGUUCAGAAGCGCCGCCGGGUCGGACUCUCUCCCGCCGAUACUGGUGUGGAGGCUAACGAGUGCAUCAAAAUUUAUCUCGUUUACAGCAAAGAGGAAGUAGGUUCUCCUGAAGUUCCAUGUGUUAAUCCAGUUGAUUUGAACGAUUUUUUUGAUGGAGAUGGAAAAAUACAUGGCUACCAAGGUUUGAAGAUAAAUGUAUGGAUCAAUAGCAUCAUUGCAUUCAUAUGCUGAUGUUACAUACAAGAGCACAACCAAUCCUUCCACGUCACCAAAGAAGAUGGGGCGUUUUUGGACACGUGGCACCCUCUUAUUAAAAAAUAUACUUGCUUUUGUUCGGCUUUCUAAUGGGCUUUGACGAGUUAAUUAUUUGUGGGCUUUUAAUUACAUGAAUUCGUCUGAAAAAUAAACAAAAGCGGAGCCCGUAUGUCGACUUUUCUUCUUCAUAAAAAGCCGCCAUUGAUUAGUAGGGUUCAUCCUCUUCUGCAAACUGUGAUUAGGCAAACAAUAACGGAGGUUCUGAAAGGUUGUGUAAGACGUGUCUCCGUGAGGAAUCUAUGCGUUUAGCUUGGUUCGUGUCGUUUCGUUUGCGAUUCUUCUCAUCCAAGCCGUAACGUUUUACAUUGAUUCAACGCCAUUACCAAUCCCUAACGUGUUCCAUUGAUUCAAUGCCAUUAACGCCUUCUUAACUCUCUCAACUCACUACAACCACGAUCACUGAUUUAUAUCUCCUUCCAGAAAGUUUCGUAAAGUUAAAGAAACGAUGCAUCAUUGAGAAGUUCAGCCAAAUGCUUUCGCCGCGGGCAUAGAUUUUAGGUGCUCCGUUUCAGUGGUAGAAAAGGAUCAGACUGUUGACGUUACUCCAAAACCAUAUCAUAUUGGUUUCCUUGACCCUGCAGUCUACAAACAGAUCCACCAUCCCUCUCGCCAUCAUAUAGGGGCUGACCUAUUGGCAUCAGAGGUCGACGCUGAUAUCUUUGAUAUCAUAGUCACAAAGCUCCAGUUACAUGAAAUCGAUGACACCUCAGAAUCUUAUCUUCAUCUCCUGGCACCAAAAAGCUGAGAAACGCCAUAGUUUCAGUGGAAAUAGCUGUGCGUAUAGAAAAGACAGAUUACAGUGCAUCUUUAUGGUUGCUGCCUUUCUCUCUCUGUGAAGUUUCUCAGUAGAGAAAAAGACAGAGAGUGGAAAGAGCUUGACACAAUGAAGAUGAUAGUGCUCUCCUCCGUUUCCUGCAAUGCAAAUUUGGGAAAGGUCGAGAGAACGGUCAUGAAUUUUUCUAUGAUCCCACAUCAUGCGUUGCGCUUGUGUCUCAAGGAAAAGAGAAGUCGUGCCUGUGUCCAUAUAUACAGCAUGAUGUCUAUGCAUGAAGAGGCUGUAGCCCUUUCAGAUUGACCCAGAGCUUGCUAUGUCUGAAGCUGAUAAGGUUGAAGAUGAUGAAGACUUGAGAAAGAAGUUGUGGCUGAUGAUUGCAAAGCAUGUCGCCAAGCAGGAAAAAGGAGCCAAAAGGGAAACAUAAGGAAAACUAUUGUAUUUCUCAAGGAAAUGGAUGGUCUUCUAAAGAUUGAAGAUAUUUUGCCAUUCUUUCCCGACUUUGCCUUAAUUGAUGAUGACUUUAAGGAUAAACGUAAAAUCAGGUUUGUAAACGUAAAAUCUUGACGAUGACUGGGGAUUUCAGAAUACCCCAGUGAUAUUUUUCAGCUGGAUCACUGGCUCCUUUCUAUGUAUUUUCCGUGUGGGCACUCUUUCCAUUCACAGUGCCUGAUCACGCACGUCACAAGUUGUGCACACGAAGAGCAAGCCGAUAAAAUCCUUUCGGAUGAUAAAAUCUCAUGUGGCUAAGCCAAACAAUAUUGGACAGAACAACUUCAAGGGAGACAAAGGCAUCACGGACCUCAAAUCUGCUUUACAGGAAUAUGGUCUCAAACGGAGAGGCAGCAACCCUAUUGAUGUCACUGAUCCUGACUGGCAUUUAUAUCUCUUAAUCCAAAAGAAGGAACAUAAAGAGGAGCCUUUGUAUCAAAUUGUGGGCUUUACUGCAGUUUAUAAAUUCUAUCGUUACCCCGACAGGUUAAGGAUGCGACUCAGCCAGAUCUUGGUCUUGCCUUCCUUCCAAGGAAAAGGUUUUGGAAGCUAUCUCGUGGAGGUUGUAAACAAAGUGGCCACAGCAGAAAACGUCUACGAUCUAACAGUAGAAGAGCCAUCCGAGAAGUUCCAACACAUUCGCACUUGCAUAGACAUAAACCGCUUGCGCGCAUUCGACCCUAUCAAACCAGCCAUUGAUUCAGCUGUUGAGACUCUCACAAAGGGUAAGCUAUCGAAGAAAGCUCAGAUACCUCGAUUCACUCCGCCUUUGAAUGCCAUUGAUAAAGUCCGUGAAACUCUGAAGAUCAACAAGAAACAUUUCCUCAAAUGCUGGGAGAUAUUGAUAUAUCUCGCGCUUGACCCUAUUGACAAAUACUUGGACGAUUACACAUCUGUUAUCACGAACCAUGUGAGAGCUGGCAUUCUUGGAAAAGAUAUAGAAGCUCCAAAGAAACAAGUCGUGGAUGUUCCAACAUCGUAUGCAGCUGAAGCAUCGUUUGUGGUUUUCAAGAGUCUCAGUGGAGAAGCUAAUAAUGGGAAUGAUGUUCAAGUUGAUGAAAACAAACCGGAUCAAGAGGAGCAGCUGAAGCAAUUGGUUGAAGAAAGGAUUCGUGAGAUUAAGUUGGUUGCUGGGAAAGUCUCAAAGUUAAGGAUCUGAUUCGAAUAAAGACUGAAAGAUUUUUGUCACAAAAUUUUUUUUAUCGAGCGAUGUGAUCUUUAAAAAGACGGAUCUGUUUUUAUCCGAUCUGUUAUGGAGUAAACUUAUAUAGUUCCGGUUUAGCGGUUUAUUCCGGUUAUGGCAUUA